AUGUUUCAAGAAUCUCAAAUUGCAGAACAAGAACAACACGUGAAAAGAGAAAUAAGGUCAAAGAAAAUUUUUGAUAAAUCAGUUCCAGAAAAGAAAAGUCAUAAACCUUUAAAUGGACUACUCUUGGAAAAAGAUAUAAGGUUAAAUAGAAAAUAUGAGAGAGUUCCAAUUGAAAAAGAUAUAAAGAAUAAGGGAACUGAUGAAUCUGUCAAAGAGGAACAAGAAGAUAGUGUUAGGAAAACAAGGGAUGUCACCGGAACAAAACAAGCAAUCUUAAGAAUGGGUUUUAGGUCAAUUUUGCAAGUGAAUAAUACAAGUUAUCCGGGACAACUAAGCUACUAUCUUUUAGAUGUGUAUGAUACCGAUAGUAGAAGACUUGUCCUACAAAACUCUGUUAUUAAGAUCACAGAACAGACAAUGCAUGAUAUGAUGGGGUUGUCAAUUGAUGGAGAAGACAUCAAUGAAUUGCCGUUGUAUGAUAAGGGAAAUCAAAUUCUGGAAGAAUGGAAAGGACAAUAUACUGGUGAUAAGUUCAAUGUUGAGGAGUAUUUAAGAAGGAUUCAGGCUACAACAAAAGAUAGUUUGAUGUUUACGCUAAAUUUUUUGACCCUUUUCGUUAAAAACUUCAUAGAGUCAAUGUUGAUGGGGACAAAUCAAAUCAAAGUGUUAGUAUACGUGUAUAACAUGAAGUAUGCUAUAAAGUUAGGUAAAAGGCUUCCUUUUAAUGGGCAUAUUACUGGUGCUAAUUUAUUAGAGAUUCAACGCUUUGAGAUCAGUGUUGGAGGGUUCGGUAGGCAAUUUUGGGAUGAGCAUGAGGAUGUGGAUAUGAAGGAUGAAACAAGAGGUGAAGAGGAACAAUUGGUCAGUUUUAAGAGGGAUUUUGGAGAUGAGGAGGCGUACGCUGCUCUUUUAGAGCAUAGUUAUGGGAUAAUUGUAACCGAAAAACACACUAUGGAAGUUGCGUUGAAGGAUGGUUUGGAAAAAUUACCUGAUAGUGUGGUGCUGAAGGAGUGGAUGGAAAAGAUGAAUGAGCAUUUUAUGGAACUGCAUGAAGGGGAAAACAACAAAAAAGUGCAUGAGUCGGAGGGUUAUAAUAAUUAA